AAACAAUUAGUUUCAUUAUACAGGCUAUGUUGACAAUUGGCGCAUUGGCGGUCAUAAUUCCCCAUCUAGGUUGGUGUGAAGAUAACUUAAACUUCUUUUCCUCCACUUAUCAGUGAUUCAAGAUGUCGGGCACGGUGGACGGCGAUUGUGUGGACGCCAAGUGGCAGUUCUGGAGAAAGCCAGAGAAGCCCUCAGGCCCUAGAGGGGAGUCACAUGUUGAUGCUAAACCUCCAUCUGAUGCCCACCGGUACAACAUGAAUUACCCGUCCAUAGGCCAGUGUAUCAUCAUCAACAACAAGAACUUUGACAGAAAGGGCAUAAAGACGCGGACUGGGACUGAUGUGGACGCAGACAAUUUAAUGAAGGUCUUUUCUCAGCUUGGCUAUAAGGUCAGGAUCAGCAAUGAUCUCUCUGUAAAAGACAUCAAGACAUUAUUAAGCAGCGUGUCCAAGGAGGACCACAGCAAGUCCGCCUCCCUGGUGUGUGUUCUGCUGAGCUAUGGAUAUGAGGGUGUGCUGUACGGGACCGACGAUGCCAUGGACCUCAAGGACCUCACCAGCCUCUUCAGGGGGGACCGGUGCCCCACGCUGGUUGGGAAGCCAAAGCUCUUCUUCAUCCAGGCAUGUCCGGUCAAAGACGAGGAUGACGACAUUGAGGCGGACAGUGUGGCCGAAGAAGGAUCCACACAGAGGAUACCAGUAGAGGCAGACUUCCUUUAUGCAUACUCCACUGCACCUGGCUAUUACUCCUGGAAAAACACCGGAAAUGGCUCAUGGUUCAUUCAGUCUGUGUGUGACAUGCUGCAGAAGUUUGGCCGAGAGCUGGAACUCAUAAAGAUCAUGACACGGGUGAAUCACAAGGUGGCGCUGGAGUUCGAGUCUUGUUCCAAUCUCGAUACCGAGACACCGAUUCCUUGCAUAGUGUCCAUGCUGACCAAAGAAGUGCACUUCCCCAAUGUGACCAAAGAUUAAGCCGAUAACCAUGGGAUUUGGCUGCAUGACAUAGUGCAGUGGUUCCCAACCUGGGGUCCGGGGACCCCAAUAGGGGCCGCCAGAGAUUGCAGGGGGUCCGCACAACAUUGCCUGGGCUGAGGUUGUGAGGUUACCAAAAUUAUAUUUGCGCACAUUAAAUGUCUAAAAUCCCAAUAACACACCCAGUUGGAUAAUCAAAACUCUGCAUAAUCCAAAUUAAAACAUAAUUUUGUUCUACAUUUAAAUUCAUGUAGCUAUUUAUUACCCCUGACCUCUGAACUUGCAUAAGCAACCUUCAUGUCAGGCUAGGCAUUGGUAAUUCAUCCCCAGACCCCGAUUGUUGAAUAAUACAAUGUCUUGUGUGUGUACAGUCUGUGGGUAGGAGUUUGGGUAGGGGGCCCUGGCUUGUCUUAGACACAGGCAAGGGGGGCUUCAAGGGAAAAAGGUUGGGAAACACUGACAUAGUGAACCACAUAGCGGAAGUCAUUGUGUGAUAUGCUGUAGAAUACUUGCUAUAGUGUCCACAGGAUACAGGUGUUUACCAAAUUAAUAAACAAUUACUUUUCAAGAAAUAAAUAAAUAAACAAAUGAAUAUAGAAUAA